AUGGACAAAAGUAACCAGCCUUCACAUGAAGUAGCUCCAUCAAGCUCCUGCCUCUUCAGAGCUGUUGGUCUUUUCACUGGGAACAUGCACCUCUGUGGAGAAUGGGUGAAAAAGCAGGGCGUGGUAAUCCAGCUGCUGGACUGCGUUUUCCGAGGGGUGGCCCAGGUCAUGUUUGUCAACAACCCUCUCAGUGGGCUCCUCAUCACGGCUGGCCUGUUCCUUCAGGACCCUUGGUGGGCUCUGAAUGGUCUGCUGGGUACCCUUGUCUCUACCGUCUCUGCCAUUGUGCUGGGACAAAACAGGGAGGCCAUAUCAGCUGGUUUAUAUGGCUACAAUGGAGCCUUGGUUGGCAUGUUGAUGGCCGUUUUCUCCACCAGAGGAAGCUGGUACUGGUGGCUUUUACUGCCAAAUAUGUUCAUGUCCAUGUUGUGCCCAGUGGUCUCCAGUGCUUUGUCCUCAGUCACCAGCAAAUGGGACCUCCCAAUAUUCACCCUGCCCUUUAAUAUUUUGGUGUGUCUGCACAUUGCAGCUACAGGAGCCAAUCAUCCCUACUUUUCAGAGGUGGAUAUCCAACCAAAUAACCAUCUUCACCCCAGUAAUGACUCCAUCACAAGCCUCAAUAUCUCUCAGCUAUUCCUAUCGGUGCCAGUUGGUGUUGGCCAGGUAUACGGCUGUGACAGUCCUUGGACAGGAGGUCUCAUCCUUCUGGCCCUGCUGCUCUCCUCACCGACUAUCUGUUUUCAUGCCAUGUUGGGCUCUGCUGCUGGCAUGCUGUCUGGACUUGCUCUGGCAGCUCCUCACAGGGACAUUUACUCAGGGCUGUGGGGGUAUAACAGUGCUCUAUCGUGCAUCGCUAUUGGAGGGGUCUUCUAUGUUAUAACAUGGCAAACCCAUAUACUGGCCCUAAUAUGUGCACUUUUCUGCGCAUACAUGACUUCAGCAAGCUCAAAUUUGAUGUCUAAGCUUGCGUUACCAGCCUGCACGUGGCCUUUCUGCCUGUCAACUCUCAUCUUUCUCCUCAUUUCCUCUGAGAUCCCAGCCAUCUGCAGACUGCCUCUGUCUGUGGUCUCCUACCCCGAGGAAAAUUGGCGCUACCAGAGACAAUUAAAGGCUUCAGAGAAAGCUCAGCACAGUCAGCAGAGCAGCAGCCAAGAAGAGGCCCUGCUGAAGAAGAAUGGAGGGCCAAAUGUCCAAUUGGUGGGGGAGAGGGGCUGCAAUGAAUCUGUAUGAUUAGAGGAGAUGCUCUUUUGUACUGAAGUGUAGCUCUAGAAUACCACAGUGAUGUAUAAUUUCCUCUCUUCUAUAACAAUAU